AUGGCCACCACCACAACCAAAACCCAACGCGCCAUCGUCGUCCUCUCCCGCUCCCACGCCGCCCUCAUCUCCGACCGGCCCCUCCCCCACCACCUCCGCCCCUCCCACCUCGCCAUCGCCGUCUCGCACGUCGCCCUCAACCCCACCGACUGGAAAUCCAUCGACCUACGCGGCGAGCCGGGCCUCCUCUCCGGCUGCGAUUACAGCGGCGUCGUCGAGGCCGUCGGCGCGAAUGUGACCGAGUUUGCGGUCGGCGACCGCGUCGCCGGCGUCGCCCACGGCUGCAACGCGAGCAACCCCGAGGACGGCGCCUUUGCUGAGCACAUCGUGGCGCGCGCGGCGCUCGCGAUGAAGGUGCCGGCGGGGGUGAUGGGGAUGGCGGAGGCGGCGACGGUGCCGGUGGGCGUUACGACGGUGGCGCAGGGGUUGUAUCAGAGUUUGGGGUUGCCGUGGCCCGCGACGACGACGGAGGGGGAGAAGGGGGAGGGAAAGCAGAAGGAGGGGGGUUUUCCGGUGUUGGUGUAUGGCGGGAGUACGGCGACGGGGACGCUGGCGAUACAGUUUGCGAAGCUGAGCGGCUGCACGGUGCUGACGACGUGCUCGCCGCGGAACUUUGAGCUGGUGAAAGGCCUCGGUGCGGAUCAGGUGUUUGAUUAUCGGGAGCCGGGGGUCGGGAAGCGCAUCCGCGAGGCGGCGGGGGAUAGGCUGGCGCAUGUGUUUGAUUGUAUCUCGUUGCCGGCUAGCGUGGCGAUUUGCGCGGAGGCGUUUGGGAGGGAGGGGGGCAAGUACAGUGCGUUGUUGUACAUUGACGGCUUUCCGCGGGAGGAUGUUGAGGUGGAGGUGACGAUGGCGUAUACGGCGUUCGGGCAGGAGUAUCGGCAGAAUGAUAAGGUCACGCCGGCGAAGCCGCAGGACUUGGAGUACGCGGCUAGGUUUUGGAAGGUCGCGGGCGAGCUGUUGGCGCAGGGGAAGAUCAAGCCGCACCCGGCUGAGGUGCGGGAGGGUGGGCUGGAGGGGAUCUUGGAUGGGUUGGAGGAUAUGAAGCAGGAUAAGGUUAGUGGGGUCAAGCUGGUGUAUAAGGUCCAGGACGUCUAG